GAGCCAGCCUCUCCCCUGCUUCGAUCGAGCGGCGAAAAGAGAAGGCAGGCACUGGCAGCCGCUUGCAAAAUCAAAGCCUUUUUUCACAUUUAAACUCUUCUGCUUCGUCUAAGACAUUUGUUCAAGUCUUUUGGCUCCAAAGAUUCUGUUUUUCAUUGUAUUCAGUUAUUCAAUUAAUUGCAGCAUUCCCUCUCAUCCUUUCAAUGGAAGCUCAGCGUCUGCUUUCUGGGUUUUGCUCAACCCCACCGAUUCAAAAUACCAAAACCCAAGUCUUUGUAAAAUUUCCCCUUUCCUCUUCUUCUGCUUCUUUUGCUCAAUCCCAAAAAUGGGUCUCCUUCAAAGCUUGCCCUUCUAUUUCACAAAGUGCAUUGUCUGGGAAGGUAUUUCAGUGUAGGAACAGUAGAGAGAGAAUUGAGUUCCUUGCUUCUGAUAAAGAAGAUUUGAGAAGUGGGAUUAGACGGAAAAAGCUUGCGGUUUUCGUUUCCGGUGGAGGCUCCAACUUCCGGUCCAUUCAAGAAGCAUGUCUUCGGGGUUCAAUUCAUGGAGACAUUGUUGUUGUAGUCACAAGUAAACAAGAUUGCGGAGGUGCUGACUAUGCAAGAGAUAAGGGCCUCCCAGUUAUAUUGUUCCCCAAAACAAAACUUGAGGCUGAUGGAAUAUCUCCAGCUGACCUUGUUGCUACCCUUAGGAGAUUUGAGGUUGACUUUGUUCUCCUGGCUGGUUACCUAAAACUUAUACCAGCAGAGUUGAUACAAGCUUAUCCCAGAUCCAUACUGAACAUCCAUCCGUCACUUCUUCCAGCAUUUGGAGGCAAAGGUAAUUAUGGGAUGAAGGUCCACAAGGCGGUCAUUGCUUCUGGAGCAAGAUACACAGGCCCUACAAUACAUUUUGUUGAUGAGCACUACGACACGGGACGUAUCCUUGCUCAAAGAGUUGUCCCUGUGCUUGCCAAGGACACUGCGGAGGAGCUGGCAGCAAGGGUUCUUCGGGAGGAGCAUCGCAUAUAUGUGGAAGUGAUAACAGCAUUAUGUGAAGAUCGGGUCAUUUGGAGGGAGGAUGGUGUUCCUAUAAUCCGGAGCAAAGAAAAUCCCAAUGAAUACAGCUAGCAGAACCAUAGGAUUUCAUUUUUGAAGGGCUUUGUCCAGAUGAUGAUGAUGUAAACGUCCUAUUACUUGGAUGCAUGCAGAUAUAAACACACAAAAGAAGGGAAA